CCUAGAAUCUCCGCUUCUAAUCCAAUGGGUUUCAUCACUUUCACUGGGCUUAAUCAUUGCAAUUAUCUCUAGGGUUUACUCGGUUACCUUUAUCAUCAUCACUUAGAAGAAUUGAUCCUUGUUCAUAAUUCUAUCUUCUUUCUUUGGCAUAAAGUUUCAAUUUUUUCUUCUGCUUAAUUCUCUUUCUUACUCACCUGUAAGUUAAUCAUGGCGUAUCAGCCUGUUCCGGGUUCUGGGUUUCACUACUUGAAUUCUCCUUUUGGUGAUACAACUUUCACUAAGGUAUUCGUCGGUGGCCUUGCUUGGGAGACUCAAAGUGAAACCCUUCGUCGGCAUUUCGAACAGUUCGGUGAAAUCCUUGAAGCUGUUGUCAUUGCUGAUAAGAACACUGGCCGAUCCAAAGGUUAUGGCUUUGUGACUUUCCGAGAUCCAGAAGCUGCUAGGAGAGCUUGUGCUGACCCAACUCCGAUUAUCGACGGUAGACGUGCAAACUGUAAUCUUGCUUCCCUUGGGAGACCUCGGCCUCCAUUGCCCUAUGCAUUGAUACCUAAUAUGCCUGGACGCUUAAGACCUGCUUCCCCGUACAUUGGAAAUGUGCAGGGUCCUCGUGGUUCACUUAUUGGAAAUUAUCCGUAUCAGCAACCACUUCCAUAUAACUACCAGCAAGGAGUUGUCUAUCCUUAUGGGGUAACCGCUUAUGGACCCGAGUACAUGUACUCACAAUCACAGGGUUUAUAUGGUCCAUACAUGGGUCAGCAGUACCUUCAGGUCUACGGAGUACCUGGAGCAGUGAAUUCGCCCGUUUAUCAAUACGGGCAACUAAGUCCGACUAUUCCCGGUGGCCAUGGUUAUCCAGCAGUUCAAGGGUAUUCAGUUCCAGGAAGCCAUGUUCUGCAGCUUGGUGGACCCACUGUCAGUGCGAUGACCACUUCAUCUAUGUCUGCUCUUCAAGCUCCUUACCCUUCAGGUAUACCAGGCCCUGCUCCUGUACAGUCGCAUAUCAUUGUCCAUUCCCCUCAAUUUAUGCAGAGUAGCGGUUCUGACCAAACAACAAGUUAUUCUUGAGGACCGAGGAGAAAAGGAAGUUAUUGAGGAAGAAAAGAAACUGCUACUAGAUGUGGCAGCAGAGACUUCUUGUAUUAUUAAGUCUUGCACGUUAUUUAUCUUGCAUCCUUAAGGUUAUAUAAAAUAGUCUUGCUCAC